CAAGAGCAACUCCCCCCUCCUUUUCCGUCCCGUUGGAUUUCUGCGAGGAGAGGAGACUCAGGAGAGGAAUUCGAAAUUUGAAAAGCCGCCGCCGCCCUUCUUCUUCUUCUUCUUCUUCUUCUUCCCCUACUCGUCUCGCACUUCACUUCCCUGCCCCCAAUCCAUUCAUUCCCCUGCGUUGCUUGCCGUGCCUUCCUCUUCAUCCUUAAUCCACAGGGGAAGAAAGGAAGGCAGCAGGCGAAUCCAUGGCGUCUCCCCCAUCCUUCGACUUCUUCGACGACCUAGACGACGAGCCCGCCACCGCGCAUCGCCAAAACCCUAACCCUCCGCUCGCCGCCCCGACGCCCAACGGCCUCAACGACCGUCUACUCCGCCUGGCCCAAAGCCGCCCGCGCCCGCAAAACCCUAACCCCGAUCCCCUUCCUCCUCCUCCUCCCCCUCCAGAGGAAGUCGCAGGGGAGCCCCAAGACAGGAAGGUCAAGCUCGCCGGCCGCCGCCGCCUCUGCAAGAUCUCCUCCUCCUCCCCGGACGCCGACGCCGACGACGAGGGCGACAACAUCCGCGACAUACUCGAUGACCUCACCACCCGCCUCGAUUCCCUCUCUGUCGACAGGCCCAAGCCCAGGCCCAGGCCACAGGUCGCCCCGCUGCCCUGCGCCAUCGACAACCUAGAUGACGACAUUUCGCUGCCCCACAAAGGGGCAAAAUCGACCGAUGAAGAUCGAGCCCCCUCACCCGUUGAUAUCUCUAGCUCUGAUGAGGUCACUGUGGUCCAGAAGGUGAAGAAACCACAGACUUUGUUCUCCUCGGCCUUCACUGACCGUGCUCAGGAGACCAACGACAAGGGGAAGAAAACCACAGCGGGAGCUUAUGGUGGUGGUAAGUUUGGCAAAAGGGCAUCAAAGCCCUCAUCCUUUCUGGAUUAUGAAGAUGACCGUAAGGAGGAGGAGGAGGAGGAGGCGGGGGGCCGUGCGUAUGAGGAGAAGGAAAACCGUGACACCGAUGCGGACGACAUUGGCUGGGAGAAGACGGAGGACUUCAAGAUGGAGCCCACUGGAAGCGGCGUGAUGGCCAAGCCGUACAAGCUCCCGGGAAGGAUCUUCAAGAUGCUUUACCCCCAUCAGCGUGAGGGGCUCAGGUGGCUUUGGGUUCUUCAUUGCAGGGGAACUGGAGGGAUCCUUGGUGAUGACAUGGGACUUGGCAAAACCAUGCAGGUUUCUGCCUUCCUGGCUGGAUUGUUUCAUUCCCGUUUAAUCAGGAGAGUGUUGGUUGUUGCUCCAAAGACACUCCUAACCCAUUGGAUGAAAGAACUUUCAGUUGUCGGCCUCAAAGAGAAGAUCAGAGAUUACUCUGGUCCCAGCGUGAAUAUUCGCAACUCUGAGCUUCAAUAUGCCUUCAGGGUGGGUGGUAUCCUACUAACGACAUACGAUAUUGUCCGGAACAACUACAAGCUGAUGAGAGGUGACUUCUACAAUGAUGCUGAUGACGAGGAGGAAGGGAGGUUAUGGGACUAUGUUAUUCUUGAUGAGGGACAUAUCAUCAAGAACCCCAAAACACAGAGGGCCCAGAGUUUACUUCAAAUACCUUGUGUCCAUCGCAUUGUCAUCAGUGGAACACCUAUACAAAAUAACUUGAAGGAAAUGUGGGCUUUGUUCUUUUUCUGUUGCCCGGAAAUCUUGGGUGAUAAGGAUGAGUUCAAAACAAGAUAUGAGUUGCCCAUCCUUCGAGGAAAUGACAAGAGUGCUACCAAUAGAGAGAAGCACAUAGGAUCAAAUGUGGCAAAGGAAUUAAGAGAACGGAUAAAGCCAUACUUCUUGCGCCGUAUGAAAAGUGAAGUUUUCCUUGACACUGGUUCAACAGAUGAUAAAAAGCUCUCUAAGAAGAACGAGCUAAUUAUCUGGCUGAAGUUAACAGCUUGCCAGAGGCAAUUAUACGAAGCUUUUCUGAACAGUGAGCUAGUUCAUUCAUCAAUGCAAGGAUCACCCUUGGCUGCGAUCACAAUAUUGAAGAAAAUAUGUGAUCACCCACUGAUAUUGACUAAGAGAGCCGCUGAGGGCAUCUUGGAAGGCAUGGAGGGCAUGGAUGGAUUAAAUAAUCAGGAAAUUGGGAUGGUCGAAAAAAUGGCCAAGAACCUCGCAGAUAUGGCUCAUGAUGAUGAUGCACUGCAAGUCGAUCAGGAAGUCUCAUGCAAAUUAUCUUUUAUCAUGUCCUUGUUGAGGAAACUUCUUGAAGAGGGACACCAUGUUCUAAUCUUUUCUCAGACUCGUAAAAUGCUAAAUCUUAUUCAGGAAGCUAUAUUAUUAGAGGGCUACAAGUUUUUGCGCAUUGAUGGUACCACCAAGAUUUCAGAGAGGGAAAGGAUUGUGAAGGACUUCCAAGAGGGUCCUGGAGCUCAAAUAUUUCUGCUGACCACACAAGUUGGUGGUCUUGGACUUACGCUCACCAAGGCAGCUCGUGUCAUAGUAGUUGAUCCUGCCUGGAAUCCAAGUACGGACAAUCAAAGUGUUGAUCGUGCUUAUCGAAUUGGUCAGACCAAAGAUGUGAUUGUAUACCGCUUGAUGACGUCUGGAACCAUUGAAGAGAAAAUAUAUAAAUUGCAGGUUUUCAAAGGGGCUCUGUUUAGGACAGCCACGGAGCAAAAGGAACAAACACGUUACUUCAGCAAGAGGGACAUUCAAGAGCUCUUUAGUCUGCCAGAACAAGGUUUUGAUGUUUCCCUUACGCAGAAACAAUUGCAGGAAGAGCAUGAACAGCAACUUGUCAUGGAUGAGUCCUUGAGGGAGCACAUACUGUUUCUAGAGCAACAAGGAAUAGCGGGCGUGAGCCAUCACAGCCUCCUAUUUACCAAAGCAGCAAUCUUGCCUACGUUGAGUGAGAACGAGGCACUGGACAACAAGCCCCCAACCAUGCCCAUGAUGGGCAGGCAGUACAAGGCAUCCUCAUCUGACUAUGUUGCCAAUGGGGCUGCCCAUGCUUUCAAGCCAAAGGAAUUCACUCCUAGAACAUACUCGCCAAUCAACACAAGUUCAGAGAGCCCUGAAGAAAUCAAGGCAAAAAUCAACAGACUGUCGCAAACCCUUGCAAACACGACACUGGUGUCAAGGCUGCCUGACCGUGGAGACAAGUUAAAGAAGCAGAUACAUGAUCUGGAUGAAAAGUUGACGGUGAUCGAGUCUUCUCCCGAGUCGGCGGCAUCCAAGGGUGCAACAGAAGUGAUCUGCUUGGAUGAUCGCAAGAUCCUGUGACCUCAAUUAAUAACAGCAGCACUGGGUUAUUUUGUUAGUCAGUCACUAAGGUAUGACUGACUCUUGUACGUGCUAUUAUUGUUUUGGCCUUGGGAGUUUGUAAAUGGUGACUGGCUAUGAGCACGUGCGUAGUAGGGGAUGCCUGAGUAGUAUCAAAUUGGUCGAACGGACAAACAUAUUCGUUCAAGUUAGUACCAUGCCUUAUGCCUUAAGCAUGAGUAGCUAUGAACAUUCCUACUCAUUUUGGUUUGGUACCAGUAAUGGGAAUUCUUUCCACCUCAAUGUUCUGCUUAA